AUGGAUCGGUAUUCCAAAGACUCCACAAGUAUAAGUUUGAAGGGUACAAAACUACAAAGUAAGACUCGAGACUGCUUUGAAAAAGGACCACUCGUUCAAAUCUUGGAUCAAUUGUACAUGGAAAAGAAGAUCCCUGACGUGCCGUCAGCGAGAGAUUGGGGCGACUUGACUGAAUUAGUGCAUUUCUUUCAACCAUUUAAACAAGCCACAAUGGAAUGCAGCAGCAACAAGCAUCAAACGUUGUCAUACGUUAUACCAUGGUACAACGUGUUAUUGGACCAUUGUGAAAAUGCCACGCAGCAAAUGCAUCCCAAUGCAUUUCAAAUGAAGCUUGACAAGUAUUUUAAUGUUUCCAGUAACCAUUGUGUGAUCGCUGUGGUACUUGAUCCUCGACACAAACUUGAGUUUUACGACGACGAAAAUCAGGAUGCCCAAGAAAAUGCUUCUCAGAAAGAAAAAAUCAAAAGGCAAAUCCAGAGCGUUUAUGCCGAGUACGACGAUCAAAGUGGCUUGAUGCAAUUAGAGGUAUUCAAAACGGCAUUGGACUUGUCAGAUAAUCACAUGCGUAAUUACUUGUAUUUAAACUUUGUCACGCUCAUUUCAUUAGAAUUCGAAUGCACCUACUCCAGCAAGUAG